AUGAACCAGGGCCGAGUGAUAAUCAUUGGUGCCGGUGUGCUUGGUCUCAGCUCCGCCGUCCAGCUAUUGAAACAUGGCUACCAAGUGACCGUUAUCGCCAGAGAGCUUCCAGGCGAUUAUAGUAUUGAUUACGCUUCCCCAUGGGCGGGGGCCCAUUUCCGCCCCUCCCCCGCAAACACCGCUGCGGAGCGGCUAGAACAAUCUCUCAUGCGAGAGACCUACCAGGAACUCGAAAGAAUCGCAAAGGAAAUUCCCGAGGCAGGGGUGAAUUUUGUACCAGCGAUUGAAUAUUUUGACGCUGCCGCCACCUUAUCCCUCGAUGAGGGUGGUUAUACCGAAUGGCCGGCGUUUCGUAUUCUGGAGGCUUCGGGGUACCCCGUUGGCCAUGAGUCUAUUCAGCUUGGCGUGACUUACAGCGGCUGGGUUUUGAAUUCUCCGGUCUAUCUCAAGUGGCUGCAACAGCAGGCAGAAAAACAAGGGGCCCAAUUCAUUAAGGCCCAGUUGGCAGGCCCACAAGAAGCUGUGGCCGUUUACCGUGCCAGUCAACCGCACGGUGUCGCAAGUGAUAUUAUCGCGGUCGUCAAUGCAAGUGGUCGGGGGUUCGAUGACCAUGCUUCGUUCCCAUCGCGCGGUCAGUUCAUCAUCGUCUCGAACCAGUGUGAUCAGACGAUCAGCCACCACUGUCGCGAUGGCUCUUCUACGGUCAUCAUCCCCCGGCCUCUUGGCGGAGGGACCGUCAUUGGUGGGACAAAGCAACCUCAUGACUGGUCCGAAGAGAUAUCAGAUAGUUCGACUGAACAAAUCCUUCAACGGGUCGGAGAUCUAUGCCCUGGUAUGGUCGAUCGGCAUACAUCAGGCUUGGAAAAGACACAUGGCUUUCACGUGAAACAGGUCUAUGUUGCUCGCCGUCCUAUGAGAAAAGGCGGACUUCGACUCGAAAAGGUAGACGUUCAGUGCAAAGAGCUCCAAGCCACUCUUCCUUUGAUCCACUGUUAUGGUGCCGGUGCAAGUGGAUACAAAAUCAGCUGGGGAGUCGCAAAUCAAGUCAAUGAGCUUGUGUCUCAGAUCCACGCCGUAUCGAACUAA